AUGCGUUUGAUCUUUUUUUUUUCUCCCUUCUCUUUAAUCCUAAAUCACAUCUUUCUUCGAGAAGAUUUCAUUUCUUUUCACUUCUCUUUCUCCUCCCUUCAUCCUCCGAUGUCGGCUUUAACACUUACAGUGGAGGACUACUUUAGCCUGGAUGCUUCGAAAAUGGGAGGAUUAGCUACCGAAAACAUUUCCAACUUCCCUUCUUCCCACUCUAAUCUUUUGUCCCCUUCUACCCUGGCCCCCGUACACCUGACUCUGCGUCCGCUCCGUACUACUGGCCAUUAUACUGUCGGAUCGGAGUCGUAUUCGUCAUCCGCCCCUGAACUUCCGAUCUCGGCCCGCCUGCAGGAGAGUGACUAUCAAAAGACUUUGCGCCCACGGGUUUUGCCCGAUGCACCUACUGCGAAAGAUGUGCAACAAGACACAUCUGCCGCUGCCGCUGCCGCUGCUGCUUCGCAAAGGCCCCUUUUGCGCCAGUUGAAGCUGUCGUUGAAACUUGCAGGGCUUCUGCGCCUGUUUUCGGCAACAACAUUCUCCCCCAAAUCGGUGCGCUUUGCCUCCACACUUGAAAACGUCAAGAUGUUUGACGGCAGAGAUUCACCAGCGGCUGUUUCUAACCGCAACACGCCCAUCGGCUCUCCUCUGCAUAGCCACAUAAACUUUGGUGAUUAUUUUUCACAUCAUGGCAGUUUUAAUGACAUUUUCUCUGACGAGUUCAGUGAAGACGACGAUGAGGAAGACAGUGACGACAAUGUUUUUUCUGUCGACAACUCGGAUUGGAAGUACCAGGUGAAGUCUCUGGACUUUGUCCCUUCAAACAACAUCUACGAUAAAAAGGACAGCCCAUUAUAUCUUCAAAAAUGCAAUGUUCUGAAAGAUGGGAAGCUGCUUGUUCUUGUUGUCAUGUGCAAGAAUCUUGCAUUCGAAAAGCAUGUUGCCGCUAAAGUCACUUUCAAUAACUGGGGCAGCCACAUGAUGAUCACGAACUUCAAAUACGUUAAAUCAUUUGCUAUGACUGGCUUUGAUCAGUUCGAAGGCACGAUUCCUUUGUCUCAUCUUUCUCCAUUCGUCAAGAUUCUGUUUUGCAUCAAUUACACUGUUGACAACGGAAGCUACUGGGACAACAACGGCUUUAAAAACUACAACAUUUCUCUUGAAAAACAGACGGCCUCUAAGUACACGCUGGAUUCGUUUACUUACAGAAUGCCCAAAUUUUCAUUUGCUGCAUCUUCUUCACCAGUGUCCAAGAAAUCUGAUACUUUUAGUGACACAUCCAGUGCAUCCAAGAAUGUAUCAAAAUCACAGAACACCAACUUGGAUGAGGUUGUAACACAGUUGAUUCUGAAAAAGUUGGAAAAACCAAAAUUGCAUCACUCUUUAUCGGAGCCUUGUUUGAGACCCCCUAAAUACUCGCAGUCUUUCCGCGCAAAACAAGAGAAACUCGAAACACAAGGUAACACUGCGGAGGUUAAUGACAAGAGCCCCGAAAGAAAGUUUGAGGAUGCCAUCUUCAAUUCAUCCACAUAUGCAGCAUUGUUACAGCGUUAUUGCUUCAGUGGUGCAUCAGCAUCGUCUGGAAAUUUGUACCCAGUUAGCGAUGGCACAUCGAGCCCUGUCAGCUCGUUGGGCAACUCCUUCUCCACCACCAGCCACGAUUUUCACAGCGCUGGCGACUCUAUCUACACAUAG